AUGUCGAACUAUUUGCAAGUGCCUGAUCCCGCCAGGCUGCAGUCCUCCCCUCUGAAGGGGCAGAAGCAGACCAGAUUCGCCCCCCUCCCGCCGAGGCCUCCUCUGCCUCCUCUCCCGCCACCACCGCCGCUGGGCCGGCACUCGUGCGUGAACCCCCGGAGCUCGUGGAUGCGCAAGAGCCAGCGCUUCCAACCGCCUCCCCCUUCCGGCCGCCUCUCCCGCCUGCCACGCCUGAGCCGGCUGUCGUACUACCCGGUCGCCAACGAGUACAUCGAGGGCGUCUUCAACGAGAAGACGGCGCUGCCGCCGCGAUGGUCCUUUUAUGUGCCCGACUUCGACUUCGACGUCGAGGAGUUUGACAAGUACGAGAAAGCCGUCAGCGGCGAGAACGGCGGCGAAGGCGACGACGACGAGGACUACGGCGGCGUGCCCACCGCGCUCAAGGCCUUCCGCGUCGACUUCUGGGACGGCGACCCGGCCGACCCCAAGAGCUGGUCGACGGCGUACCGGGUGUUCGUCGUCGGCAUGUUCGCCUUCACGACGCUGGCGACGGGCAUCUACUCGACCGCCUACUCGAGCGGCAUCCCCCAGAUGUCCGAGGAGCUGCACAUCACCAACCCGUCGCUGCCCCUGCUGGGCAUCUCCCUCUACCUCGUGGGCCUGGCCCUCGGGGCCCUCAUCAUGGCGCCGCUGAGCGAGACGUUCGGGCGAAGGCCCAUGUACAUUGGCGGCCUGACGAUAUUCCUCGGGCUGAUCCCCGUCGCCGCGCUCGCGACCGACUUCACCACGGUGAUUGUGGCGCGUUUCCUGGGUGCCGUUGCCGGAAGCGUCAUGCUGUCCAACGUCGGCGGCUCCAUCAUGGACAUCACCAACCCCAAAUACCUACCCCUGGCCAUGUCGGUGUACUCCUUUGGCCCUCUCAACGGGCCCGUCCUCGGACCGCUCAUGGGCGGCUUCUUGGUCGAGGCGUUCGGCUGGCGAUCCCUCAACUGGAUGUCCCUCAUCUCCACCGCCGUCGGCGCCCUCUUCAUCAUGACCGUCCCCGAGACGUACCGGCCCACGCUCCUCCGCAAGAAAGCGGCCCAGAAGCGGCGGGAGGAGGAGGACCACCGGUACUGGUCCGACUUCGACGACACGGUGCCCAUCCUCCGCCGGAUCCGGACCGCCGUCUCGCGGCCCUUCAUCCUCUCCUUCACCGAGCCCGUGCUCAUGUUCUGGAACGUCUACAUCUCCGUCAUCUACGCCAUCGUCCAGCUCGCCUACGUCGCCUUCCCCAUCGUCUACCAGAACGAGCGCGGCUGGACCACGGCCAUCUCCGGGCUGGCCUUCGUCGGCGUCUUCGUCGGCAUCGCCCUCGUCCUCGCCACCGAGCCGCUGCUCCGCAGGCUCGUCAACCGCCAGCCCAAGAACCCCGAGACCGGCCAGGCCGAGCCCGAGGCGACGGUCCUGCUCAUCUGUAUCGGCGCCGUCCUCGAGCCCGUCGGCCAGCUCGCCUUCGCCCUGACCUCGCUGCCCGUCGAGGUGCCCUUCUACUGGAGCGUGCUGUCCGGCGUGCCCUUCGGCUACGGCUUCGGUCUCGUCUUCAUCUACGGCACCAGCUACAUCUCCAAGGUCUUCGGCAUGUACGCCACGUCCGCGUCGGCCGGGAACCUCGUGUUCCGCUCCAUUCUGGGCGCCGUGCUCGUCCUGGUGGGCAAGAGCAUGUACGCCGCGCUGACGCCGCGCGUCGCCGGCAUCGCGGUCGGCGUCGCCGAGGUCGCGCUCAUGCCGGUGCCCUUUGUCUUCUUCAAGUGGGGGAAGAAGAUCCGGCAGAGGAGCAAGCUGAUCCGGACGUUGGAGGAGCAGGCGAAGAAGAUGGCGUGA